AUGGCAGUCAACGGACAUGAUUGUUCAAUGACACCAACAGCACUCCUGGCACAAGUGUUCGAGCUGGCUGAUGGUUCGGAUCACACCCCUGAGACAACCAAUAGCGCCCUGUUUCGAAAAUUGCUGCGGAAGUACUUCAGCCAUGAAGCUGGGAGUCUCCGCAGCGGCGACAUGAUCCACCUGGCUUGCAGCGAGCUCUGCAGCAGACUUGCCGAGAUGGAGUGCCGCCCUCCGGACGGCUGGGCGAGCAUCGUGGUGACGAGCCUCUUCCUCCUCACCGCAAAGGACUGCAGAGAGGAGCUAGUGAUGCACAUGUGGCGAGUUGUUGCGCACCCGGCAGAAGAAAAGUAUGACAACGGACUCGGACGAAAACUUAUGAGGCAAGCUGCGGUGGCUGGCGGAACGGCGGAGCCUGGGGCACGGAGCCUACAUUUAGCCCUCAUGAGCCUUGUUGUCGACACCCUCCGGCGUAACGGAUGCCCCCCGGAACCCGAUUCUUUGCGAUCAAGCGGCAGCAGCGUGGCGCGCAGAGGAACGGAAAAAGAGAACGAGGAAUCCCUUGUCCCCUCGCCGUGCGGGCUACGGCUGGCGCUUGACGUAGCGUCGCAUACCCUCGAAACGUGUCUCCACCACGAGGAGGGCGAGGGAAGAUGUGUCCCUCCCGAAGUCAGUGCAGAGGUGUUUGAAGCUUGGCGAAGGGCCGUCCACCUGGAGGUUAUUCGUCUUGUGCGCUCCUGCCGGUUGGAGAACAUCAACGAGCUGGUGCUGUCGAUCGCGAGGCCACUAUACAAGGGCUGGGGGGACGUCGGAGCGCUCGAGGAUGUGUGGUCCUUGAUAGCCAGCUCUGUGAGGGACUCCAGCACACUCCUCGUCACGAUUUUGAAGAGGAGUAGCGGCCGCCAAGUCCUCGCUUGGGCCGACGACGAUUUGGCCGGCGCUGCCGUGAUUGACGUCGGCGGGGGCGGCGAGGGCGAAAGAGGAGAAGGACUGACCGCACAGCCGCUAGAUCCGUCUCCCUCGCGUAGAUUAUCGCCGUCGGGGCAAACGUUCUCAAGGGAAACAUUGCUGCAGUGGAAGGACUACGUGAGGUGCCUCCAAGUGUUGUGCGAAGAGACGGAGCUGCAUCUCGUGGAUCAGCUUAGCACGUCAUUGUCCGGCGUGUUCAUACACCUGGCUCAAGAGGAGCAUAAAGGGUGCUUGGAGGUGGUACCGACCAUGGAGCGCUUGUGCAGCAACCUGAGCCCGCCCCCCACAUCGUCAGCCGACGCCACCGACGCCUCCCCGAAGGCGACGGAGUUCCGGUGGGUUUCCGUCCCUCUCGGCAUACUUCUCCGGUCGGGGACUUUCGCUCGCCGCCGGAGGUUCCUGCACCGCUUGGUGAAGCGCGAGCUCGGCCUCGGGGUGGAUGACAUCGACCGGGUUGGGGGGGGCGCUGCAGGGACGGAGGACGGCGCUGCUGCUGGUUCUGCUGCUGGUUCUGCUGCUGCUGCGCUGUCGCUCAUCGACGAGACGUGGGUGGCACGGGUUCUCCUGCCGGCCUUGGACCACGUCGGGUGGCACAGCUCUGCGAGCAAGGCAACCCUUUUCGACUUCUCGGAGUCGGUGACCGACUUCCUCCACGCCUACGUUGCCUCCCUCCCGGCCCCGAGGGUGACGUCAUUCCUCGCGUUGCUGCUGGAAGCGAUCAGGCGGCGGACGGUCGGGUCGAUAGGCGCGCUGUGUUCCUUCCUCGCGGCGUUCGACCAGCGGGGGGCGAGCGUGCCGGCGAUGGGGCGUGAGCUGCUCUACGAUCUGAAGGAGAUGCUGCUGGGGGUGCUCCCCCCGCUCAAUCAGGCGAAGCGCGUGCUAUUCUUGGACGGGGUUGUCCGCCUUCUUGUGGACUACACCGACUACGAUGAGCUGGCCGUGUGCUACUCUCAGCCCUCCCUCUGCCCGUCGCUCGGUCUGGUAACCUCCGUCCUCUCGGCUCUCCCGCUGGAGCUCGCUCGCGACCGGUAUCUGCCGCUGCUCGCGACUUGGGUGGGGCGCUUACCUCUUGGGCUUGACGACGACACCCCGCUAGUGGCGGCAUCCGUGCAACACGGAGCCGGCGCCCCCCCCCUCGGGUUGUUUACGAGGCGAUUGGAGGCGUUUCUCGGGAGGAGCCGCUCGGCUAGCCUCGGCGACGGCGGCGACGGCGGGCCGGCGGGCUGCUACAGCGGUGUCGCGGAGGGGAGGAGCCUUUGCCUGCUUGGCCUCGUGCUGUCCGAAGGUCUGAUUCUCGCGAGCGGGUUGUCGCCCCUGGUCCGAGUCCUCCGGAAGUGCUGGCACGAGCCCUACGUCUCCCCCGAGACUGUCGAGGCGGCGCUCGUUGUCUUCGGCGCCUGGGCGGCGGUUAGCGACGACACCGGCAGGGACGACGAGAGGGGGGCCGGGGAGGAAGACGGGGGCGGCGGCGGCGGCGGCGGCGGCGGCGGCGGCGGGGAUGGGGGGGCGCGAGGAGGGUGGUGGAGGUGGAGGCCGCUGGAGGCAACCGUCAGCGAGGUCGUGACCCUAGUCGCGGCCCGGCUUGUUUCACUGAUGGAGGAAGGGCAGGAGGAGGCCGUCACCGCCUUCACAAGCUCGCAGCGGUCGUGCGACGCAAGCGGCGGCGGGGACGGUGGCCGGGCGGCGGAUGAGUCCGCCACGGGCCGAGAUGCCCAGGUUCUGCUGAUGGCGCUCGACGCCGCCGCCGCCGCCGCCGCCGCCGCCGCCACUCCUUGGGGACUCCGCGGAUAUCACCACCAAGCCCCCCCCCCCGCCGCUGCGGGUCCGGCCUCCUCGUUCUCUUCGCACCCUAGCGUGGUUGCCCUCGGAGACAAAUGUGUGUCGCUGCUGUCUGCUUGCGGAGGGGGCGGUGUUCGCCUGCCUCCAACAACGCAUCUCUUGGCUAUCGCGUCCCUCGAAGUCACCGUCCGAGCUCGCGGCGGUGGCGGAGGUCUCCCCGCGGCCGGGUGGGACAAAGCGCGGUGCAAGGAGGUGGCGGUUUCUCUGCUCCUGAACAAGGUCGAGGGCCGCGUUACGUCUAGCUCGACUGGGAAAGGCUCCAACUCUGAGUGGGGCAACAUCUUGAAGCAGCACGAGCUGCGGAAGUGGAGCUGUCUCUCGGCGCUGCUUCCGAUCGUGUUCGGCGAGUCGGGGGCUACGGUCGACCAGGGACCCUCUGUUCCAGGUGUGCGCCGCUGUGCCGUGUGCCUGCCGUGUGGGCGCAAGUGCUUUUUUUAG